AUGAAUGGGUCUCGUACUAACUUUGCUGAUGAUGAGGAGCCGGUGCCGAAAACCUUUAUAGUCGAAAAGACAGAUGUUAAAACGGCAAAUCGGGAUAAAAUUAUGAACAUUAUUCAAACCCGCCUCCAGGAUACAACUGCAGGAGCAGAGGUAUCAAUGGCACAGACUAUUAAGGAGGCUCUGGACGAGGAAAUGGAAUCAAAGUACUGGCAUUGCAUCGUUGGGAAGGAUUUCGCCUGCCUUCACUUUCAGUGUCAACCCAUUUUCAUGGAAACGGAAUUUCGUGCACUCAUAAGAAGCUCGGAUAUGUCGGAGAAGAUGCAACAGGAGGCCGUUCUUACAGCAGCUGAAGCUCUCCGACGUUAUUCUGUCGAAUGGAGUAUCGCAGGUUAUAUAAAAAAGAAGUUUGAUGAAUCUUUUUAUGCCACCUGGCACUGCGCGGUUGGUCAAGAAUUUGGCAGGUGGGUAUAA